AUGGGAGUCCCCCAAUUAUGGGAAAUAUUGAAACCAUACACAGAGGCCAAUCGAAUAUCUCUUCGACAAUUUAUCUCAAAUUUUGAAAAGGAAAAUGGAAGAUCACCUAAAGUUGCCAUUGAUGGCUAUAAUUGGCUUUUUGAAUGUGGUUUCAUUGUGUCACCAACCAAUUCUAUUAAGUAUUCUACUCAGGGGACUACCCCUAAGGCAAUGUUGAAUCUUUUAGUUAGAUUAAAGGAGUUAUUAUCGUUAAACGUGGGAUUUAUCUUAGUGUUUGAUGGUGCAAUGAAACCAAGUUUUAAGAACAAAUUCAAUACAAGUAGUAGUGGCAAUGAUAUGAGUUCACAUAACAACAUAGAUAUGGAAAUGGAUAUGGAUAUGGAUCAAAUCAGUAUGGAAGGUUAUUUAAAGAAAUGGCAAGAUCAUAUCGAAUAUCAUAAAAUAAACAAUGGAUGCCCUCUUUCAAAUAAUAAUGAUGAAUUUAUGAAAAAUGUCAAACAAUUGUUGAAAUUUAUGAACAUUUCGUACAUAGAUGCCUGUGGUGAGGGUGAAGCUCAAUGUGCAUGGUUACAAGUCCAUGGGUACGUAGAUUUCGUUUGGACUAACGAUUCAGAUAUAUUCAUAUUCGGUGGUACUAAAGUAAUCAAAAAUUACUCUAAAUUUGUCAAUGAUAUUGGUAUGACAGCCAGUCCUAAAAAGGUCUCUAGCCCGCUACGAAAAGCAAAAGAAUAUUUUAUAACAGUUAUUGAUUUAAAUGAAGUCAUAAGGAAAACUAAUGGGAAAAUUAAUCAAUGGUCACUUUUAUUUUUCAGUGUUUUACUUGGUGCUGAUUAUAAUAAAGGUGUAAAGGGUUUAGGUAAGACAAAGGCUCUCCAGUUAUCGCAACUAGAGUAUCCAAAUUUCUCUAACCAGUUUCAUGAAAUAUUUCAAAACUUAGAUGAUAAUACUGAAGAAAGAAUAUUGGCCUACACUGUAUUUCGUGAUAACGUUUUCCAAUAUUGUAAGGCACAUUCAGUUGAAUUAUUUGGAAGGAAUUAUAGUGUCUUAUUAAGUGAAGAUUCAUUUCAAGGAUGGCCAACAGAGGUUGUUAUUAUGAAUUACUUCCAUCCAAUUUUGAUUCCAGAUUUCAAUGAUUCCAUCUUUGAUAAAAAGUAUAUAAACAAUAGUCAGGAUCUGAACUAUGAUUUGAUUAAUUUUGUAGGACUAAUGGAUUUUUUGAAAAAACUCAACUUACCCAAUAUUACAAAUUUUGAUCGAUGGUACCACGAUCUUAUACAUGAAUGUUUUCUUUUACGUUAUAUUUUAAGUAUUGAUCCUGGAAAUUCACCCUCCAAUAUGGUAAAGAUUCCAGAAGAACGAGAGAUGACUACGGGAAAUGAUGAGAAUGAAUAUGAAAAUAGUAAGAUCAAAUGCUAUAAAGUUCGUUAUAAAUCUUUUUUAAAAGGUAUUCCGGAUAUGGUUCAAACAGAUGGAUAUUCUUCUCCAGGUAAAUCACCUAUACGGCAACCGAGAAGUCCAAGUAAACGACAAUUAGAUGUUAAAGAAUUUCCAAAUUGUAUGUGGAUUCCCAUUGAGUUAAUACCAAAAAAGAAUCCGAUAGUAGUAGAAUUUAUUCAUAAGGAACAAGAAGAAGAAAAAAGGAAGGUACAAGCACCAACCUCCCGUAGAAGGAGGAAAAUCAAGACUAGUUACUCUCAAAAGAAUACAUUAGAUGGAUUCCUAAACUUACAUGCUUCACCAGUUAAAAAAAAUGCGAAUACUCUUGAUGAUAUUCAUAAAAUGGAAGCUACCCAUACAUUGGAACCAGUUAAAAGAAGAUUAUUUGUUGAAGAGGAGGAUAAUGAUGUUAAUGAGAAUACACCAAGGCCAACAGACGAAAGUCAACACGAAGGUGAUUCGUUAGUUAUCUUAGAGGAAAACAUUCUACCUAGCAGUUCAACGGGAACAGAAGUUCUUGACAGGUCGCCUUAUAAAAGGAUAUGGGACUAUAACAAUAUUGUCAACAUAUGCGACGAUGAUGAUUAUAAGGAAGGAAAAGAGGGCGAUUCGAGCUAUAAAUAUGACAUUGAUAAUUCACCUAUAAAGAAGCAACGUCUACCUAGCGAGAAGAGUAAAGAAACGAGCAGUACUUCACAACUUGAUAUGAAUAAAUCAACACCUGAUUCAUUAUUUAAUAAUAGACCAGUGUUAGAAAAUACACCAGACACGCUGAAAAGGACGCCGUCUAUACUAGAUCAAUUAGUGUUGGAUGCGGAGACUGCAUUUGAUCAUCUUCAGACAGAAGAGAGUGAUUUGUCAUACAGUAGUGGUAGUCUUGACUCAUGA